UACUUAGUGGUAGCCAACGGCUACUGUCCAAACACGCACUCACUGCUCAGCAGCCUCAUGUCUUGCAACGUCUGCUCGAAGAAUGGAACAUUUACUUGUUCGGUGUGCAAGAUAACGCGGUACUGCUCGCACGAAUGUCAAAGAGCUGACUGGAUGAACCAUAAGAUUGAAUGCAAAGAAAACCUGGUCAACGUGAUAAACGUGAUGGCGAACCUCAGACAGCCUACAGGCCGUGGGACCGGAUCUGCCACAGAAUGCAGCGGCUGCAGUCGGCGAUUCGACGCCAGCGAUUCACGUCAGGGCCAGGUCUGCAAGGACUGUGGUUAUCGAGCAUGCGAAAGUUGCUCUGUACAUCAUUCUCGGGGUACUUGUCGGUGUUACAAGGCUAAUUUCGGUCAACCGUAUUGCACCAUGGAACCGCGAACGUACCAGGGGAGCAAGAGCUCAAUGUACAGAGGCGACCGACAUCCUAAAGGGGUUUAUCCAGAAGACGCAUAUGAAUCCAAGUCAAGGGUCUGCCAGAAUUGUGGCCAGGCCAAGAAGAUGGUCAAGAAAGAAUACCUGUACCCCGGGUUUGAUUUUUCGAAGAAAUCACCGUCUCGCUUGCCCUUGUUGGGUAUAUGUGUGAUGGUACUUAUCGUCUGGUAUUUCUUUGUAUGAAAGCGUUUGCAAACAUAAUCAUGCAUGAGAACACUGAACCUGCUUAUUUACUCAUUAUGUGGGUACAUGGUCAGAUAAUGCUGAAUAUGAGACAUGAACAUAAUUU